AUGUCUGAUAGAAAGGAAAAAGUUGAAUCCGAAACAAAUUCUGAUAGUUCUAAAACAAAUAAGUGGCGAGAUGUCGUUUCAUUGAAUAAAGAAGAGUCAAAUUUGAGUAAUUCAAGCACGAAAAGUCAGCUGGAUGAUUCAAAGAUUUCUACCUCCAGUGAUAAUAAAAGAGCUUGGGAAGUAGCAUGCAGUGGUAUUUCAUUAGAUGAAAUACAUUGUUUAUCGGAAGCAAUUCUAAAUAUGACGUUUGUACAUGAAAUUGCCGUAAAUCCUUGGUUUGUUAUUGAAAAUCCAAGCAGAAAUUCUAAGACAAAUGCAGUAAAUGAAGAUUUAAAAGAGAAAUAUUGGGAGAAAUUGCGUGAAAUGUUUGCUGAGGAACCUCCAGAUUAUUCAUUGGCUAUACCAUUAUUUGGUGAAAUCAAAAAGAGGAUUAUAAACUUGUUGACUCCAGAGCAAGUUCGAUUAAUAUCUGAAGUAGAAGGUUUACUUGAUGUCGAUUUGCUUAAGCAACAAAUAGAAAAUAAGUGCUUGGAUGUACGCCAGUUGUUUGAAAGUGUUCUCGAGCUUUUGAGGAGGCUUUGUGCACCGAUAAGAGAUGAAGUUGUAGAUGGUUUGCGUAAAUUAACAGAUCUUAUAGAUAUGUUGCGUGGUGUGUUCGAUCUUCUAGAAUUAAUGAGAGUAGAUAUGGCUAAUUUCGUUGUGCAGUGCAAUCGACCUGCUCUUAAGGAAUACUCAGCCGAAUAUGAAAGAAUACAGUUCAUGAAGCUUCUUGAAAAAGACCCAGAACUGGAAUCCUCGACAAUGAAAUGGUUGCAAAGGCAUUUAAAUAUGGAAAGUAAUGAUGGAUCUUUAUCUAAAAAAAGUUUCGAGGAUCUGAGUAAUGGAGAAGUGAGUGAUAUAAUUAAUCGUGCAUAUAUGGAAUUACUUGAAUGGGAUCCGAAAGAUACAUAUCCUGGAACUUUUCUGAUUGAUCGUCCGCGAUUGGUUUUGCUUUCAAUGAGAUAUAUGCAGCUUAUCUUAUGCACUAGCUGUCUAUUUAUUUCAUGCAAUCUUGCGGGAAGAGAUGUGGCAGAAAUGAAGAAUUUUUAUAAGAAUUUGAAAGACGAAUUAUUACAUACCACUGAUCAAAUCGCUCAAAAGGGUAUGAUGAAAGAUCUUGAGGCUGUUUCUGUCUUUUGCAAUUUUAAAGUAUAUCAAGUAUAUAUGUCGCUAGGCAAAUGUUGGACAAGAGAACAAUCUGCUGUAUUAAAGCAACAAAUUCUGCAAAUCGUGGAUGAAAAAAAUCAAAUUCGGAAACUUGUCCGUGAUCGAGUAUACGACUUUAUUUUGUCCUCAAUUUCAUUUCGACGGUCAUUCAAAGAUCCAAUGCCAUCUAAUCUAAGAAUGGUACAUAGAGAAGUUGCAGCUUUUACUUAUUGGUUUGCACGUAUUUUGAAUCAUAACAGAGAAACUUUUGGUGUAUAUUAUGGCACCUUGAUAAAAAAACUUAUGGAUAACUAA